AUGCCUGAGUCUCCUCUCAGUCCCACGGCAGCCCGUCAAACUCCAGCCGCCAGCAGCCUGCUCAGUCACACAGACAACAGUGCGGCACAUAGAGUUGCUAAUGGGGACUUCUGCCGGAGAGUGAGUGGUGAAAACUGGCAGAGUCUCCACCAUAAACAGGUGUGUCUGGCGAUGAUGGCUCCUCGGCAGAUUCAACAGCUGCUCUCUCCAAACCAGCUGCAGGCUCUGAUCCACCACAAGCAACAAGCUCUUCUGCUCCAACAGCAACAUCUGAAAGAGUUUUACAAGACUCAACAACAAAAGAUUCACCUGCAGCUGCUUCAACAGCAACCCAGCAAGAAAGCCAAGGAGCUCCCUGCACAGCAGCUCGUGCUCCAGCAGCUCCUCCAUAAAAUGGCUCCUGAGAAAGAGAUGCUUUUCCAGUUUCUCCAGAAGAAGUGUGUGAAUGUGAAACAGAUUUUAAAAAAGGAUUGCGUCAACAUUAUUUAUAGUAAACUGGCUCGACAUACAAAACAACAUCUUUGGAUUUACAAAUACUUUUUGUUUCUCUACGUUUCAGGGGGUUUCAGCCCAGCAGAGUUGCAGCAGAUAUGGAAGGAGCUGACAAAUGGAUUAACUGAAGAUAAAACCACGAUUAAGAGCAACUAUGACUCUUCCACUAACGACACCAGGUCAACACAAGUCAGGGGGGGACAGGCCGAUGUCCAGCCGUCUCCCUCUCCUCGCAGGACCAAAUGUGCUGAUCGUGCCGCCUCACAUGUUCUUUACAGUCACGGUGUGUGUAACUGGCCCGGAUGUGAGACCACGUGUGAGAACUUGAACCAGUUCAUCAGGCACAUAGGCAGUGAACACACUCUGGAUGACAGGAGCACAGCGCAGUGCAGAGUCCAGAUGCAGGUGGUUCAGCAGCUGGAGCUCCAGCUCUGCAAAGAGCGGCAGCGUCUGCGGGCGAUGACGGCUCACCUGCAUCUGCCAUCUCCAGAAGCUCAGUCGCUGUCUGCAUCCGCCAGUCAACAGUUGCCUGAUAUGACUGAUAUGGCUGCUGACCCACGAGCUCCACAGCUCGGGGCUGUCGCCAGCGACCUGACCUCGCUGAACCCGUCGGACGGGGCACCAGUCUCCCCGCUCCAGUCCCUGGGUUCUGUGGGCUCUCCAUCCCAGGGCUGUGAGGAAGAGACGCCCACUCACACAGGAUGUGCCGGGGCCAUGAGACGUCGGCAGCACCCGCUGGUCUACUCGCUGUCCUCAGAAAAUGAGUAUGAGCUUUACAAGAACAGUGACAUCAGACCACCGUUUACCUACGCAACACUGAUAAGACAGGCGAUUCUGGAGGCACCAGACAUGCAGCUGACGCUCAAUGAGAUCUACAACUGGUUCACACGGACGUUCGCUUAUUUCAGACGCAACGCUGCCACAUGGAAGAACGCUGUGCGCCACAACCUGAGUCUGCACAAGUGCUUUGUGCGGGUGGAGAAUGUGAAAGGUGCUGUGUGGACGGUGGAUGAGGUGGAAUUCCAGAGGAGGAGAUCCCAGAAGAUCACAGGGAGUCCAUCACUUAUUAAGAAUGUGACCUCGAACCUUGCUUUGGGUGCAGCUCUGACUGCCAGUUUACAGACAGCGCUGGCUGACACAUCACUGCCAGGAUUCACAAAGGAAAGUGUGAGCAGGAACUCCAGGAGUCAAACACAGGAGAGCAACGGCCACAGUCACCAAAACAUCUCGGCACGUGUCCAACAGUAUCUUUUCCUCAAAGACGAAACAAUGAAUCUGGAUGAACCAGAGCGUCAGAUGGCGACGGCGAAACCAGUCACUCUGCAGUAUGGCAUGACUGGAAAUGACCAGGAGCAUUUGCUCGACCUCGAAUGAAACCUUGAGCAUGGAAAUCUUUUAAUAAUAAAACAGUGAAGCAAGAUUUCAUUGAGCGUUCAGGGAUGUAUGCAAAACAGUUCAAAGUACAAACAGAACCGUUGUGAUUUCAAGUAAUGAACAUCUCACUGUGCUGCCAGCUGGCAUGAGGUCUCCCAAACUGGGAUUUAAAUCAGAUCAAUUCCGUAUAAACAUUUAGCUGCUGCUUUGCAGUCAGUAAAGAAAUAUAAAGUAACACAUGUGGCUUCUGUGUUCACCCACAACUUUUUCAAUCAUUUUUUAAAUAUUCAAAUUUACAGGUAAUUGAGAAAAAUAUUUCUGACUGUAAAAUGGAAGCAAUAAAUGUC